AUGCAAGAACUGCGCAAAAAUCACGAAAGGAUUUCAUUGACGUUUCGUACCGUGUCGAUUCCGAAAUGAUAUCUGCCUAGUCUCUCCCUCCUCCAUUUUCCUCUUCCUUCGCCUGCCCAUCGCCAUAGCCAUUGCCAUCGCCAAUCCACAUCGAUGGAGAAAUCGCCAGCUCCUGAAAACGACAGCGACGAGAUCAAGGAUGCCGUGGCAUCUCCCCAUUCUCCGACUGUAGACGCGAGCCCCCCUGAAGUCCUUCAAGAACCGCCCGAGGCCGAAGAGAACGAGGUGGUGGAGGACUCUAAUGCCGAGGAGCCCGAUUUGACCCUCCCCCAGGUCUGGGAAGAGAUCGAUGCGUUCCUCGGACGUAACUCCGACUCGCCCCGCGACGGCGGGGAAUCGAAUUCGGAUUCGGAUCCCAUUGAGAUCCCGAGAGCCGUCGAGUUGCUUUCUAAGAACGUCGAGUCCAUGAUCGAUAAGUACGCGUUGGACGCGGGCAGGUCCAAGUUCGGCCACGACCCGGAGGAGGACUCGUGCUUCUUCGGCUCGGUUGGCCGGCUUUCGAAGCUCGCGGACAAGAUUGGGGAUUUAAAGCCGACUGCUGAGAAUGCGAAUGUAUUGCGUUCUUCUUCUCUGAACAGGACCAGCUCCGUGCUGCAGCAGGCGAUGUCAUUUUUGGAGGAGGAGUUUCGUGCCAUCCUCGACGAGGACUCCAAGACUGGAAGAGAUGAUUCGGAUCCGAAAUCUGCCAAGACGAAGCACUCGUCGUCGUUCAAUAAUUGCUGCAGUCAGGAAUCCGAUCGGUGCAACCUUCCGGAGCCCGAGCCCCCCUCCACGGAGGAGGAGUUCCAGCAAUUUACGCCCGAAACGAUCUCUGUCAUGAGCAAGAUUGCGGACGCGAUGAUCUGCGCAGGCUACGAGACUGAGUGUUGCGUGCUGUGGAUGAUGAUGAGGCGGAGGGCAUUCAAGUCGGCAUUGAGCGAGCGAGGGUUUGACGUCCUCAGCAUCGACGACGUCCAGCGGAUGCAGUGGGAUUCCCUGGAAAGAGAGAUCGCCACGUGGAUCGCCGCUGUCAAGCGAUGCUCCACCAUCCUCAUACCCGGCGAGGGCGCCCUCAGCGGGUCAGUGUUCUCGGGCCAGCCAGAGAUUGCGCAGGACCUGUACGGCAACCUCGCCCGCUCCGUCUCCAUCCGGCUCCUCGACUUUGCUGAGGCCGUCGUGCUGACGCAACGGUCCGCGGAGAAGCUGUUCAAGUUUCUCGACAUGUACGAGACACUGCAAGACCUGAUCGCUGCGGUCGAUGGGUCGAAGCAGUACCCAGAUGAUCCCAAGAAGAAGGAGGUCAGGGCGGAGAUGAUGGCGGUGAAGGGAAGGAUCGGGGAGGCGGCGGUGAGCAUAUUCUGCCAGCUGGAGAGCUCGAUCAAGAGCGACAGCAGCAAGGUCCCCGUCCCGAGUGGGGCCGUGCAUCCCCUCACUCGGUACACGAUGAAUUACCUCGAGUACGCCUGCGAGUACAAGGACACCCUGGAGCAGGUGUUUCAGCAACACCACGACAAGGCCGUCGUCGAGACCGCCAACGGCGAACCCACGGACGAUGCGGAUUCCUCGGCAAUGAAAGCGUCGCCGUUCUCAGUGCAGUUGUUGACGGUGAUGGACCUCCUGGAUGCGAACCUGGAUAUGAAGUCGAAGCUGUACAAGGACCCAUCGCUGCGGUAUAUAUUCCUGAUGAACAACGGGAGGUAUAUCGUGCAGAAGAUUAAGGGGUCGAGCAAGAUACAUGAGCUGAUGGGGGACACAUGGUGCCGGAGGAGGUCGUCGGACCUGAGGCAGUACCACAAGAACUACCAGCGAGAGACGUGGUACCGGCUGCUGCAGUGCCUGAACCACGAGGGCCUGCAGGUGAACGGGAAGGUAUCGAAGCCGGUGCUCAAGGAGCGGUUCAAGAGCUUCAACGCCAUGUUCGACGACAUCCACAAGACGCAGAGCACAUGGGUAGUGAACGACGAGCAACUGCAGUCCGAGCUUAGGGUUUCAAUCUCUGCAGUUGUCACACCAGCGUACCGGUCGUUCCUCGGCCGGUUCAACCAGUACUUGGACCCGGGGAGGCAGAGCGAGAAGUACAUCAAGUAUCAGCCCGAGGACAUCGAAUCUCUCGUCGACGAGUUGUUUGAUGGCAACCCGACGUCAAUGGGGAGGAGACGGACGUGACUUUCAAAUGGCGAGGAGAGUGGCUAGUAACCGCGAGGAUGUUGAUUCCUAUUGUGGAGAGAUAUCAUCAUGGGACUUUUUGUUAGAUGAUUAUUGUUUCCCGGCAAAUGACACAGUCCGGGUCGAUGCAAUUUUUUGGUACGCUUGACAAUUAUUACUGGGGUUGCUGUAAAAGUUCAAUUGACACUUUGAUAAUGGUAAUGUAACGAGAAGUUUCGCACACACGUUUUGGAUCUGACUCUGUUUAGUCCAUUUGUGUCGGCUCAUCUUUGUCGGGACCUCUCUCGUCCGGGAUCGCAUUACCAGGACAGGAAUACACUCCGACAUGACACUUUUGGGGCUCACCUAUUGAUAGCUU